UUUUCAUUUCCACUUCACUUCGUGUCCUCGCGCGUGUGUUACCGUCAGACUCACACGGUUCCGCGCGACAUGAACCGAACCGCGGUUUCCUCCAGGGAUUUAACUUAAAGAAGGAGGAGCGCGUGCCAGUGCGAGACCCCACUGUGUGUGUGUGUAUGUGUGUGUGUGUCUUCAUCAUGACGGUUCCGGUUCCAGACUGGUUCUGAACAUGCUGCUGCUGUUGACCCGGAUCAGCCUGGUUCUCCUGUCCUGGUCCUGCACGUGGAGCCGAGCUGAGCUGCUGCAGCACGACAGCUGGGAGGACGAGCCGGCGUCCCUGUCCCUGUCCGCCGGUCUGUGUCGCUAUGGCAAUAGCGUGGAGUGUUGCUGGGGCUGGAGACACACGGAGCGAGGACGAUGUCAGCCUCACUGUCAGCAGGGCUGUAAACAUGGAGAGUGUGUCGGACCAGACAGAUGCAAAUGUCACCCGGGAUUCAGCGGGAAGGCCUGUAACCAAGAUCUGAACGAGUGUGGUCUGAAGCCUCGUCCCUGUAAACAUCGCUGCAUGAACACGCUGGGCAGCUUCAAGUGUUACUGUGUGGACGGAUACACACUGCAGGCGGACGGCAGCUGCAGGAACGCUCAGACCUGUUACCAUGCCAACUGUCAGUACGGCUGUGAGGUGUCCAAGGGCGUGGUCCGCUGCACCUGCCCGUCGCCAGGGUUACGGCUGGGACCGGACAAACGCACGUGUGUCGACAUUGACGAGUGUGCGUCCGGCGGCAGGGGGAUGUGUCCUCGUCACAGGAAGUGUGUGAACACGUUUGGGAGCUUCCUGUGUAAAUGUCACCAUGGUUUCAAACUCAUGUACAUUAACGGACGUUACGUCUGCAUCGACAGAGACACUCGUCCGUUCUGCUCUGUGAACCCGACGUCUCCAAAGUGCAGGUGCAGAGACGGCAGGUGUUCAGCUGUUCCUAAAGUCACACUGGAGCUACAAAGACCAAGAACUACAACUCCCAUCAGCCCCGUCACCACUGCUCCUCAGCCUGUCACCACGACAACCACCACAGCAGCAGCAACUCUGCCAGUUACAGACGAAAUAUCUACAACUACACCUGUUACUACGACAACUACACCUGCUACUACGACAACUAUACCUGUUACUAGGACAACUACACCUGUUACUACGACAACUACACCUGUUACUAGGACAACUACACCUGUUACUACAACAACUACACCUGUUACUACAAUAACUACACCUGUAACUACAACACCUGUUACUAUGACAACUACACCUGUUACUACAACACCUGUUACUAUGACAACUACACCUGUAACUACAACACCUGUUACUAUGACAACUACACCUGUUACUACGACAACUACACCUGUUACUACAACACCUGUUACUACAACAACUACACCUGUUACUACACCUGUUACUACAACUACACCUGUUACAACACCUGUUACUACAACAACUACACCUGUAACAACACCUGUUACUACGACAACUACACCUGUUACUACAACUGCACCUGUUACAACAACUACACAUGUUACUACGACAACUACACCUGUUACUAUGACAACUACACCUGUUACUACGACAACUACACCUGUUACUACGCCUAAUACAGUGGAAUCAGCUGUCUCCACACUGCGCGUCACCACCAUCUCCAUGGUAACAACAACAUUAAACAACCGGAUCAACAAGGACGUGACACACAAACCGAGAGGAGACGUGCACAUUCCUCGUCAUCCUGACAAUAACCAGGUGUGGGAGUUUGACAUCGAGCUGGGAAACACGGGCGAGUACGACGUCGGCGACGAUCCUGAGGCAGGCGUGCUCCGCUGCACCUUUGAUCACGGAGCGUGUGAUUGGCUGUCGGACAGAGAGGGAGAUCUUCACUGGGAAACAGCUGAAAACCCUGCAGGUGGGCGUUUCCUGUCCGUCCCAGAGCUGAAGGCGGGGCAGAGAAGCUUCCGCGGCGCCCGAUUGGCCGCCCACGUCGCCCGAUCCUGGAGCCACGGCGACUUGUGUUUCUCCUUCUCUCAUUGGCUGACAGGACAUCAUGUGGGCGUGCUGCAGCUGUUUGUCCGCAAAAGGGGGCGGGACCAAAGGUACAGCCCCGCCCUCUGGAGCAGGACAGGCGGACACGGCUGGAGACACACACAGGUUACCUUGACGACGCACUCGCUGGACAGGGUGUUGUUGAAGGUCGAGCGGAAGCACGGGCGACAUGGACAGAUCGCCAUCGAUGAUGUCACACUGAGGCGGGGGGCGUGUCGAUGACAUCACUGCGUGUUGAUGAUGUCACACUGCGUGUUGAUGACGUCACACUGCGUGUUGUUUUAAAGGAGCAGUGCCGCUUUUUAAGCCUCACAACACGAGCGGCCUGCAGGGGGCGAUGUUCACUCACACUCAGGACUGAUGAUGAUGAUGAUGAUGAUGCCUUCACACUGGGAAAUAAUCAUGUUUUUUUUACAUUUUCUUUAUUUAAAAACAACAAUAAACCACUUAUUGAUUAACA